AUGGAUAUGCCGGUGAAUGUUCCCGUGGACGAUCCAAAUGCCGACACAGAAUGGAAUGACAUCCUCCGCGCCCACAAAAUUAUACCCGAAAAGCCCCCAUCCCCGACUCCCAUAAUCCAAGAAGCUCUCUUCUCAGCCCAGCAGCGGGCUCAUGAAAACCGCCUCGAAGACAAAGAUCUCUCGGAGCUCCACGACCUCGAAGAUGAAGAAGAUGACACAUUCCUCGAGAAGUACCGGCAGCAACGCCUUGCAGAACUAUCCACGUUGCAGAAGACCAGCAUACACGGCCAAGUCUAUGGAAUCCAGAAACCAGAUUACGCUCGAGACGUGACGGAAGCGAGUUCGAAAUACUGGGUGCUUGUGCAUCUGGCAUCGUCGCUGGGCACAAAUGUCGAGUCAAGGAUAUUAACCGAGCUCUGGAGAGGAAUGGCGAGGAAGUAUGGCGAUAUCAAGUUCUGUGAGAUGCGGGCGGAUCUCUGUAUCGAAGGAUAUCCAGAGCGGAAUACACCUACCAUUUUGGUGUACAAAGACGGGGAUAUUAGAAAGCAAAUCGUUACGCUGGCAGAGCUCAACGGCCCAAGAACCAGCGUUGCAGACCUCGAGAGGAUGUUGUUGGAUCUUGGAGCAAUCAAGGAGAACGAUGUUCGCAUGAAGAGAAGAGAUAGCGAGGAGAUUGUUAGGCAGCAGAUUGGGAGAAGCGCCGCUGUGCAAGAAGACGACGAUGAUUGGGAUUGA